AUGUGGCGCACGUCAUGCGCGGCACGCUCAAAGGCGCUGUCCCCUUACGCGCAGGCACUGAAGCAGGUAGCGCUCAAAGGUGUUGUGGCGAUGGGCCCUAGUGCAAAGGAGAUGGAGAUCGAUAUGUACAGAAGGGGAACCCUACCUGCCGACUACCGGCCCCCUGUGCAAGGCAAAUGGGAUGACACCAUUGAGCGCUGGGCGUACGCGUGGCAGUUUCCCGCCGAGGAGGAAGGUGAGGACGUGGUCGCUUCGGUAGAGAGAAACGGCAAGGCUAUGCAAGACCUACUCGAGUUCGGGGAGCGCCUUGUGAGCUCGCCACCGUCGACGGUGCCCAAGUCGGGCCGUCACUCCACCACAUACAAAGUGCGUUUGGCUGCGACUGAGCAGGUGCCCCUCCUGGUACCGUCGCAGAAGUAUGACUUGCUGGAGGGCGACCUCAACAACUUAAGCGGCACGCCUGAUGAGGAAGCGCGGCCAGUGAUGGCGGUGGAGCGAUUCUCGCAGGAGAUGAACAUUCCGGUAGCCUACCUUGACGAUGAGUCAGAACGCACAAACGCCAGCAAGGAGUUGAGCGUUAUCAUGGGUGGCGCAGGUUUGGAUUUCACCGAGGAGGGGCUUGUGGUUGUCCUCUCCGCUCUUGCGAGGCAACACUACUACGAUGCAGCACGGGCCAUUUUCCUCUUUGCUGCCGAUGCGGGUCUCGGACCGAACGCGGAGAUGUACAAGGCGCUGAUGAAGCACUCGUCUUCGCUAGGAAAGGUGAAUGACUCCAUGGUACUUAUCGAAGAAAUGAAAAUGCGCGGUAUCACGCCACGCAUUGGCAACUGGCACGAGCUCAUGCGCUCAUUCCACAACGCGGGGGACUACUCCGCCGUGGCGCAGAUUGUAGACAACAUGAAGAUGUACGCGAAUAUUGAGCCGAACGAAGUUACCUUUGCCCUGCAGCUGCGUGCGCUGAGCAAGGACACGUCGCAGAUGAACUCCCUGGCGGAGUCGGUGCAGCUCUUUGACCAAAUGGAGAACGUGUACGGCUUCAUCGCUGCGCGGCCACAUUACGAUGCGCUCAUGUUUUCCUUGAGCCAGAGCCCGGUCCCAGAAAUGCGACUCCGCUGCGAAGAGCUGGCACAGAAGAUGGAACUCAUGGGCAUUCCUUGGAACGCCACGACGUACCUAAACCUGAUCCGCUCUGCGCAGGUUGUCGGCGAUGUCGACGCGGUGGAGCGGCACCUCGCAAAAAUGCGCGACGACCGUGUUCCGGUCAGCAUGCUUCACCUUUCCUGGGCUGUUCAGGCGCACGUCCAGCGCCUCAUCCGUGCCGAUUACGAGCAGAUGAAGGAGCAGAAGAGCGACAUUUAUGCCAUGUGGCUCGAGCAUAUGAACACUUGCUUCGGCAUAUACGAGCUGGUGGUGCGCCGCGGGUGGGAAAUGCAUGUUCCUUUUGUCAAUGCACUGCUUCGCCUGUGCUGCCAGACCGCGAUUCUGAGCAUCGAGCACCUGCCUGACAACACGAGAGCGAUUGGCAUGUUCGAGGAACAGGCAAACAAGAUCUGGGUCGACACGUUCGACGAGUGGCACCUCAAAAAGGAUGUGUACAGCUACGAGUGCUAUAUCGCCCUGCUCGCCCACCAGCAGCGCAUCGACGAGGCGGAGAAGCUGUUCCAGCAGAUGGUCCUGCAGGAGGACUUAGUGCCCAGCCGACGGACCUACGAGUGCCUCAUCUUUAUGCAUCUCUCCUCCGGCGAGGAGGGCGGCGCCGCGCGGGCGUUGCACUACCUGGAGGCCAUGGAGAACGCCAGGAUUCCAGUGCGUGCGUCGCUCCUCAAGAAGAUUGUCCGCGUGAACAAUGCCGCCGGGUACAAGCGCGACAUGAAGCGGCGCGCCCGUCGCAUCAUGCAAGCCCGUGAGGAGUACCUCGCGCGGAAGCAGGAGGGAAUCGAGUUCCCACUGCAGCCCUCGCCAGCGGCGGGGGUUGCCGCGGCGGAAGCGAAGGCCGCGAUUGUCGUGCAGCCCCUACCCGUUCCAGCCGAUACAACGCUGGCAUGGUGGGAGCGGUGGAAGAAGACGACAGUGAGCAAGCACGAGCUGUUCGCCGAGGAGAACGCCGAUGGUACGCCGAAGGGCGAAAGGUUUGAUGAGAAGAACGCCGCUCUCGCGCAGCUAGGCAUCGACUCCGCCUUCAAGACCCCUGCCGAUGUCCCGGCGCUGAGCAAGCAACAGCUGCUACCAAAGAUACGGCAGCAGGAAGGGGAGAUGGCGGGCAGCUUGUGGGCGCUGGAUGGUGGCGAGCUGGCGUACCCAAAGAGUGGAGGUGGCCCAGAGGGCUGGGGCGUGCGACUGUGGCGCGAGCGUGCAAUUGUGAAACAGGAGUACCAGGGCAUUCUAGAUGGCAAGGUAGCUGUGCCGGGGUUCUCUGAAAUGGGUAAGGCAGUACGAGUGGCUGGUGACCAGCUAGACAUUGAAGAGAGCGGUGCCACCAACCCCGGCGAGCUGGCCGACUGGCGGCAGUACCCGCAGCAUCGAUACGACGAUGGAAGCAAGAAGCCAGCGAGUGAGAUGGCGCACGCGGUGCCGCCGUCAGCUGAGUUUGUGUGGCAAGGAGAGCAGCGGGACCCGCUAGCGCCGUACAAGAGCGAUGAAGAAAUCGCUCUGGAGUCGGACAACACUUUCUAUGAACAGAUAAACGAGGAAGCCGCGAGUAACACAAAGGCCCUCAUUGAGGUUCUCCAGAACAAGGAGGAGGACGUGGUGAAACUGACUAGCCAGGGGCCUACACGCAAGUCCAAGUACGACUACCUGGAGAAGUGGCGUGAGAUGUACCGGCACGGUACUCUUGAGGCGCCAGAGGAUCCCACGCUUCGCUUUGGCCGCUCACCGGACGAUCAUCAUGACUCCCUCGCAUCCAGUGUGCGAGACUGGUACCGGCGCAACAGGAAGACCCCCGCCACGCAAGCGCAGCUGCAGCGUUGGGAGGCGGAGGAGGCGCGCAGCACAGAGGAGCGAUCGUCGAGGAAGGCGCUGCAACGAAGCAAACGCCGUCGACUGCGCACUCGCUAA